CACAGCUCAGACUGCCUUUAGAAUCCAAAGAGACACGAAGCGAACAAUAUUGAGAACUAUCGAGAAGUGGUAAAGAAAUAGCCUAAAACAGCCGCCACUGUCGUUACCUGUUGACGAUGGAAAGCGCCGGGAAUGCGACCGUGCCUCCCGAACACUCGCCCCAGACGGCGACGAGCUCUUCCCAGUCUUACGGCAGCGACGGUAACGCGUACCUGUACAUCCUCAUCGUGAUGUCCUUCUACGGAGUCUUCCUCGUCGGGGUCAUGUUCGGCUACGUGCGCUCCAAGAGGCGCGAGAAGAGAAGGACGAAUUUGUUCACGCGUCUGCUGCACGAGGAGGAGCAGCGCGAGUGGGGCGCCAGGCAGAAGAAACACAGCUUCGCCGUGCCCGCGUCCUCCGCGCAGUCCCCUUUAGCGCCAGGCACCGGCCGGUGCACGGGUAACCCGCUGGAAGCCAGGGUUCUCUCGCCCCUUGCGUGCGCGCUUUGCUCCGUCGAACAGAGCAGCGUGAGCUCUCUCUGCUCGUCCGCCGACGUCCAUUUCAUUAUCGAGGAGGAGUCGGAGAGUGGACGCGGAGAAGGACCCACGUAUCCGUCGCACGGAGUCUCCGUCGGCACACCGGAUCAAAGCGGCGCUAUGAGUUCCAAACACCCGGCUGUGUCUCGAUUACAUAACGCAUAAAGUUGUUUUAACGAGUCUUACGCGAUCAUUAAAGUACUGCUGCAGGCGAUGCAUUUGGUCGCUGACCCCGUUGGGCCGUACGGACGGCUGACUGGCAUCGCUACCAACCUGGGAGCCACUUGAAAUUCAAAACGUGUUCUAAUAACUUUCGCUUUUUGUCUAUAGUGUCCUCCUCCUGACGGAGAAUAUUUGUAACAACAUUUUUACACAUUUAAAGAUCCUGCAAAUUCUGUUUAAAAUGUUCUGUAUAUAUUGGUUUUAUAACGCUGAUAUUUUUUAUUUAAAAUGGGUAUUGUAUUGUCAGCUCGUCAAAAACGAAAUAAAAUAUUUUUAUGAGCCCA